AUGAAGAAACUUCAAAUAAUAAUAGCGUUGAUCGGAUGCCUUCAUUCUGAAUUCUCGCAAAGUCAAAAUGUUGGUUCCACUACUAAAGAAGAAAAUAAUCGCAUCAUUGGUGGAAUGCCAGUGGAUAUAAAAAGAUUUCCUUGGCAGGUAUCAGUUCAAUAUGAUGAUCGUCAUUUUUGUGGUGGUUCUAUCAUCGAUAAAAGCUGGAUACUAACUGCAGCGCAUUGUAUGGACAUAUUUGAAAAUAUCGAACUUGGCGACCACCUUAAAAUUCAUUAUGGAAAUAACGACUGGCAACUUGGCUUCGUUAAUAUUGUAGAAAAGGCUAUUAUUCAUCCAAAUUACAACCAAGUGACAGUUGAUAGUGAUGUGGCCCUUCUGAAGCUGCACUCUCCAAUUACCUUCACAAAUGGCGUUCAGAAAGUAUCGUUGGUCGAAAAAGGUCAAGAUCCUGCACCUUAUUCACUUGCGAUUAUUACUGGAUGGGGUGCUUCAACGGAAGGUGAUAUUAGUAGUUCGCAAACUUUACAAGGAGGUGUAGUUCCAAUCGUAAAUAGAAAUGAAUGCAGAGUUAUGAACUCUGAAUCGUAUGCUGGGGUAAAUCAAAAUAUGAUCUGUGCUGGAUACAUUAAGGGAGGAAUCGAUUCGAGCUUCGGUGAUAGUGGUGGUCCAAUGGUUAAUGCAAAGAAUAAACAAAUAGGAAUUGUUUCAUGUGGAACAGGAACUGCAGAGGCAAAUGCACCUACGAUAUAUACGAGAGUUGGCGCACCAUCAAUCAGAAGAUUUAUAAGAGAAGUGGCUGUUGUAUAUAUACGGACUGGUAAUGUUAAGAUGAAGAAACUUCAAAUUAUAAUAGCCUUGAUCGGAUGCGUUCUUCUCGAACUCUCGCAAAGUCAUAAUGUACCGACUACUAAAGAAGGACAUGAUCGCAUCGUCGGUGGAAUGCCAGUGGAUAUAAAAGAUCAUCCUUGGCAGGUAUCAGUUCAAUAUGAUGGUCGCCAUUUUUGUGGUGGUUCUAUCAUCGAUCACAUCUGGAUACUAACUGCAGCACAUUGUGUAAAACAAUAUGAAAAUCUCGAACUGGGCGACAGCCUUAAAAUUCACUAUGGAAAUAACGACUGGCACUUUGGUUUCGUUAGUAUUGUAGAAAAGGCUAUUAUUCAUCCAAAUUACAACCCAGUGACAUUUGAUAGUGAUGUGGCCCUUCUGAAGCUGCACUCUCCAAUUACCUUCACAAAUGGCGUUCAUAAAGUGUCGCUGGUCGAAAAAGGUCAAGAUCCUGUACCUUAUUCACCUGCGAUGAUCACUGGCUGGGGCCAUACAAUGGAAGGUGAUACUAGUAUUUCGCAAAUUUUACAAGGAGCUGUGGUCCCAAUCGUAAACAGAAAUGAAUGCAGAAUUAUGAACUCUGAAUUGUAUGAUGCGGUUAAUCAACGUAUGAUCUGUGCUGGAUUUGUCAAAGGAGGAGUCGAUUCGUGCCAAGGUGAUAGUGGUGGUCCAAUGGUUAAUGCUAGGAAAAAACAAAUAGGAAUUGUUUCAUGGGGAAUAGGAUGCGCAGAUUCUAAUGCUCCUGGGAUAUAUACGAGAGUUGGCGCACCAGCAAUCAGAGAAUUUAUAAAAGAAGUGUCUGGGCAAAUACGGACAGACAAUGUUAAGAUGAAGAAACUUCAAAUAAUAAUAGCCUUGAUCGGAUGCGUUCUUCCCGAACUCUCGCAAAGUCAAAAUGUAGAUCCCACUACUAAAGAAGGAACUAAUCGCAUUGUCGGCGAAAUGCCAGUGAACAUAAAAGAUCAUCCUUGGCAGGUAUCAGUUCAAUAUCAUGAUCGUCAUUUUUGUGGUGGUUCUAUUAUUGAUAACAACUGGAUACUAACUGCAGCACAUUGUGUAAAAGACUAUGAGACAACUGAUAAUGAUGUGGCUCUUCUUAAGCUUAGAGCACCAAUUAACUUCACAGAUGGCGUUCAGAAAAUAUCGUUGGUUGAAAAAGGUCAAGAUCCUCUACCUUAUUCACCUGCGAUUUUCACUGGCUGGGGCCAUACGGAAGGUGGUAGUAUUCCGGGCACUUUACAAGGAGCUGUGGUUCCAGUCGUAGACAGAAAUGAAUGCAGAAUUAUAAGCCCUGAAUUGUAUGGUGUGGUUAAUGAAAAUAUGAUCUGUGCUGGAUAUAUCAAUGGAGGAGUAGAUUCGUGCCAAGGUGAUAGUGGUGGUCCAAUGAUUAACGUAAAGAAUAAACAAAUUGGAAUUGUUUCAUGGGGAAUAGGAUGUGCACAGGCAAAUUUUCCUGGGAUAUACACGAGAGUUGGCGCACCAUCAAUCAGAAAAUUUAUAAGAGAAACGGCCGGUGUGUAA